AUGUUUUACUCAGAAAACUUCGAAUCGGCAGAGAUUAUAAUUAAUCAAACAACACAAACAGAUUCUUUUCAAAAGAACGAAGUACUCAUCAUUGAACGGGCUCGUAGUGUUAAAAAUCGCAACAGACAAGAAGUUAAAUUAAUAAGACCAUUACUGAUUCGGUUGUAUAUUGAAUCAGCUGAACUAUAUCCACUAGAGUAUCUCAAGAGCAUCAACAAUAAAAUAUUUCCAGUAUCACUUCAACAUUUGCAAACAGAAAAUAAAUGCCAAAAAAAUUCAAAAUCAUCUACAUUUUGUGGUUAUGAUAGUUACGAUAUUCACACGGCAAAACUUAUCAAAGGAUAUUCUUGCAAACAUUGUCGCAAUAAAACUUGCCAUACAAUUACACAUUGUCUACGGCAAGAUGAUUAUUGGUACAAUGUUUACAAUAUUGAUUCACGUCAAUUACAUUUUUCGGUUUCUCUGCAUAUUUACGAACUUGCUGAUAAUCUAACUUGGACAUCGUUAUUAAAAAUAGACCUCCAUGGAUUUCCUACUGUAAAUAAAAGUACUGAUAUUGGUGAUAUUCAAAUAAGUUCAUUGAAUGCAAAUGAACAUUCAAUAGCGAAUAAUCUCCUGAAUGAAUAUAAAUAUUUAUUAGUUCGCCAGCCAAUAUUAACAGUUAACAAUAAAAUUCAACCGGACGCUCAUGAAUUUAUGACUGUUAAUAAGUCUGAAUUGAAUCUUGAUGAAAAUGAUCUAUGUAAGAAAAUGGUUAGUACCAAUAAUCGUUCAAUAUGUUCCGUUGAAUGUUCAAAACAUCAACCAUUUGAUUUUUGGCUUUCGGAUAAAGCGAAUGAAUUAAAUCGGAAACCUUUGCGUUAUGCUUUUCAUCCUGCUCUUGAUUUACCGAUUCAUGAGUAUAACAAUAAAUUUAAAUUUCUUAUCCCAUAUAGAAAUAAAUUUCGUCUUAAUAUAACACUCAAACAACGUCAAUCGGUUGGAUUUCAAUGUUUAGUUUCUAUUUCGGAAAUAUCCGUUGAAUCAUUUUCUCAAUAUACAUUUCAAAUUGCAAUAACUAUCAAUAAUACAGGCUUAUCAUUAUGUUCGAUACGUGUAUCUCUCAUGCAAAAUCAACGGAAAAACUUUUAUUUUGAAAAACAAGAAGAUCUAUCUGUAUAUCAUAUUAGUCCAAUGCAUGAACAAUUAGUAUUUUUUACAAUAUCAAUAAAAAGAAGUCAACGGAAAAAAACAGUCCUCUCAUCAAUCUAUAUAAAAACAAGAAUCGAAGAUUUUCUUACGAAUUCGACAUUAGCAGAACGAAAGUUUUUGCUGAAAUAUGCUCAUCAUUGCGUCUGUGUUUCUAUCUGCCAUUGUCAAUGUUUUAAGAAUACACUUGUCCCCAAUCUUGCACAAUUGCAAUGUGUACCUAUGCUUGAAGAUGAUAUUAAUCGAGCAGGAUUAUCAAGAGUGAACAAUGAUCGAUUACUUGAACUAUUGACUGUUCUCGAAAAUCCUUUGAUUGAAACGACCAAUGAACAAUCAAGAUAUGUUAGAAAAUGGUUUUUAUUUAUUGCUGUAUUUGCCCUUUGUUUAAAUGUCUUAUUGAUUUUUACUUUAAAUUAA